ACCCCACUUCCAAAACCUUUUGGAGUAAUCAAAUUAGUAUCAAUAUCCUUCAACUUUUCUAAACCAAAUGGCUUUAACACAGAUCCAAAUCUUUCUCAUUGUCUCUCUAGUCUCAUCAUUCAGUUUAUCGAUCACUCUUUCUCGUCCAUUACUCGAUGAAGUCGCCAUGCAAAAGAGACAUGCCGAGUGGAUGACCGAACACGGCCGUGUUUACGCAGAUGCGAACGAGAAAAACAACCGCUACGCUGUUUUCAAACGCAACGUGGAACGCAUUGAACGCUUAAAUGACGUUCAAUCCGGACUAACGUUUAAACUCGCGGUGAACCAGUUUGCUGAUCUAACCAACGAAGAAUUCCGUUCUAUGUACACUGGUUUCAAAGGAAACUCUGUGUUGUCUAGUCGAACUAAACCAACGUCGUUUAGGUACCAAAACGUUUCUUCUGAUGCGUUGCCGGUUUCUGUUGAUUGGAGGAAGAAAGGAGCUGUGACUCCUAUCAAGGAUCAAGGCUUAUGCGGAUCUUGUUGGGCGUUUUCAGCUGUUGCGGCUAUAGAAGGAGUAGCACAGAUAAAGAAAGGGAAACUCAUUUCUUUGUCUGAACAAGAGCUUGUCGACUGCGACACAAACGAUGGUGGCUGCAUGGGCGGUUUGAUGGAUACAGCGUUUAACUACACAAUAACUAUUGGCGGCUUAACCUCUGAAUCAAAUUAUCCUUAUAAAAGCACAAACGGCACUUGCAACUUCAAUAAAACUAAACAGAUAGCAACUUCUAUCAAAGGUUUUGAGGAUGUCCCGGCUAACGAUGAGAAAGCCCUAAUGAAGGCAGUGGCACACCACCCGGUUAGCAUUGGAAUAGCGGGAGGAGAUAUUGGUUUCCAAUUCUAUUCGUCCGGUGUGUUCAGCGGAGAAUGCACAACUCAUCUUGAUCACGGGGUAACUGCGGUUGGAUACGGCCGAUCUAAAAACGGAUUAAAGUACUGGAUCCUCAAGAAUUCAUGGGGACCAAAAUGGGGAGAACGUGGAUACAUGAGGAUCAAAAAAGAUAUCAAGCCUAAACACGGACAAUGUGGUCUUGCCAUGAAUGCUUCGUACCCAACUAUGUGAAAAAAUCGGUUCAAUAUCCGGUUAAGCUUUAGAAUAAAUGUGUGUGUUGGUUAUAAUUUAAGACUCUGUUGCAUGUAAUUUGUGAAAUGGUAAGUUUAUGUGAUGCAAAAGAUUUGAUACUUUGAGUAAAAGUUGAGAACUUCAUUGUAUAACUGAUAUGGGGUUUGCUAUCAUAAUGAAAUCAGAUUCUCUUA